AGACCAUUUAUUUCUCAUUGUCAGUGUAAUCCGCUCCAUUGCAUAUUCAGCGUUUUAGACGUGUUUCUUAGCCGUGGUUAUUUUGGUGCAGAAAAUUCGUAUGGUAGGUAUGUACAAAUAUCUUCAACAUUCUAAGCAAUUAUUACGGAUAUCGGUACGGACACUUUGCCAAACCCUGCAGUGGCUGGCUCUGCCUGCAAACGUAAAAUUGUUCUGCGUUGAGUAACGACAGGUAGGAAGCCCCUCAUUGUUAGAAUUUCGAAUUGGAAAAAUAUGGCGUAAACUAGUAAUGCAUGUACCUGUUACGUAGAUAUAUUUAUGCAAUACCUAUCGACCUAGGAAACCGGAGGUGCAGACGCUCGUUACGAUGAUAAGAAACUUCCGUUCCUAAUGGUCACUGAAGGACAGGCCGACGACGAUUAGUGGUUAACGUACCACCCGCUGAACCGUUAAGGGUAGCUACUUUCUAUAUAAGGAGCGAAAUUUUAGAAACUAAAGGUCAGUCUAGAGUCUGCCGAAAUCCGAAGAGGUUCCAAAGCCGGAAGACAACGCAGUGGAAAUAAGUUACGCACAAUAGCGUAAUUCAAAUCGAAACCAGACACAUACAAAAAAAAUAAAAUAAAAAAUGAAUCGCAUCCUGGUGAUAUUGUCGAUGACUGUGGUCGCCGUUUUUGGCAACGCCAUAAUGCAGCCUGUGCAUGACAGUUCAUCGGCCUCGUCACAGCAGCAGACAGCUUCUUCGUCGGGCGCAUCUCCCGGCGUUCAUCAAACGCCGAGUUAUACCGGGGUGGCGAUUACGCCUCAGAACAGCUACUCUCCCUACUUCCCAACGUAUCCCGAGUACAACGAUCAGAGAUAUUCCGUGCAGACGGGGUACGAAGGAUACGUCGUAUCUCCCGAGGUUGCCGUCGAGGAACCCCAGGCAACCGGGUAUUCCGGAUUAUGGUCCGUAAUGUCGCCGAUAUCGAGAUUCGCCCUGACCUACGGUGCCCGUGCCGGUGUUUAUUUCUUAAAUUUGUUGCUGCUCUUACUCCUCGGAGGAAUCUUUACGACCUCUGUCUGCACCUUCACUCCACUCUGCACGAUAACCUUAUUGGGUUUAGGAAAGGCUCAGGUCAGGGAACAAGUAUCCGAAUUGGCUCGUACCUAUAUGACUCCGGAGAGGAUUUCCGCUGCUACUGGACUGGUGAAAACGGCGAUCGACAAAUACGCCGCGAUGCAAACGCAGCCCAUUAAUGAGGAGACCAACGAAACUGACAAGAAAUCUUGAUCUAAAAUCGCUCAGUGCAUUUGUGAUCACCCAUCAUAUUUAUGUCAUUACAACUCAGUCAUAGGCCAUUGUAACUUUCUAUUCACAUGAAAAUAAAUUUCAUUUGUUAUUAAACUUA